AUGAUGUAUUCAUCGUACCGUUCUUCUGUUGCAACACUAAAACCUUGUUACGUAGAACAAGAUAACGGUUUAGCUUCCUUAAAAAACAUGGAUGUUUCCGGUCAUGCUAAUCGUUUUGUUACGAAAUCAAUGAUAACCAUGGGUUAUUCCUAUUCCAAUUCCAAUUCCAAUUCCAACAGAACUAGUUUCUGGAACAUGAAUUUUUCUUCACCUAGAUCUGGUGGAAGAUUCUAUGAUGCUAGAUUUGAAGAUCAACAACCUCACUUUCUUGAAGCUUGUUCUCUUUGCAACAAACCACUUGGUCACAAUAAAGACAUCUUCAUGUAUAGGGGUGAUACACCUUUUUGUAGUGAAGAGUGUAGACAAGAACAAAUAGAGAUAGAUGAAGUGAAGGAGAAGAAUAUGAAUCUUUCUUUAACCAUGAAGCAAAGAAAAUCGAGUUCUUCAAACAAGGUUCAAGGCCAAGAUUAUUCGUUUCGUACAGGGACAGUUAUUGCAGCAUAG